GCGCCUGCGCAUCUGCGGGGCGCGGACCCAGGUGUCGUCCCUGUGGCUCUCACCGGUCCAGAUCGCGGGGCCGCGGGAGGACGCCCUGGACACCCAGGACCUGGGCGGAGAUGGACUCGGUGGUCUUUGAGGACGUGGCUGUGAACUUCACUGUGGAGGAGUGGGCUUUGCUGGACCCGGCUCAGAGGAAGCUCUACAGAGACGUGAUGCUGGAGACCUUCAGGAACCUGGCCUCCGUGGGUUCUUGCCCUCAAGUUAAAACCAGUGGAUCAAGUCCUCAAUGGGAUAUUUUGGAGAAUGAACUAUGCAGUGAAAAGAAAAUAGUAAGAUGCACAAGAAAUGAUUCCUGUUCUGUUUUUGGAGAAAACUGGAUAUUUCAUAACAUCCGAGGUCACCAAACUCAGGAGAGGGAUUUCAGAAAUGGUUUGGUGGAGAAUCUCUGCAAAGGUAAUGAAGGUCAUCAAUGUGGAGAAACCCUGAACCAGAUUACACAUCUUACUGUGCAUAAGGGUUAUCCGACAGGAAUUCAGCCCUAUAAAUGCACUAAGUGUGGAAAAGCCUUCGGGGAUCGUUCUUUCCAGAAGAAUCAGCAAAGAUCUCACGCUGGACACAAACCUUAUCCAUGUGAAGAAUGUGGGGAAGCCUGCAGCUGUGUCUCGUGCCUAAAUCCUCCUGCGGAAACACACAUUGUAGAGAAACCCGAAAAACAUCAGGAUGGUGGGAGAGCAUCUAAGAGAUAUGUUAAGAGUGGCAGUAGUAAACAGUCUUUAGAGUGUAAGAAGUCUGGAAAAGCUCUCACUUGUCCCUCAUCCUUUAAGGGACGUGAGAGUGGUCACCACGGACAGAAAAUCCAUGUGUGUAAAGUAUGUGGGAAAUCCUUUAUGUAUUAUUCCUACCUUGUACGGCACGUGAGAACUCACACUGGAGAGAAGCCCUAUGAAUGUAAGGAAUGUGAGAAAACCUUCCGAUAUCCUGCGUCCCUGGCAGGACAUGUGACGAUGCACACUGGAGAGAAACCUUACAUGUGUAAGGAAUGUGGGAAAACCUUCAGUUGUCCCAAAUACUUCAGAAGGCACGUGAAAACACACAGUGGCAUGAAACCCUAUGAAUGUACAGAAUGCGGCAAAGCCUACAGUUGCUCCUCAUCCCUUCGAGAACACACACGAACACACAGCGAAGAGAAACCCUAUGAAUGUCAGCACUGUGGGAAAGCCUUCAGGCAUCAGCGAUAUUUUAAAAAGCAUGUGAGAAUGCACAGCGGAGUGAAACCCUAUGAAUGUAUGGAAUGCGGGAAAGCCUACAGUUGUUCCACAUCCCUCCGGGAACACGAGAGAAUGCACACUGGGGAGAGGCCCUUCGAAUGCCAGCACUGUGGGAAAGCCUUCACUCGCCACGCCUCCCUUCGAGGACACAUGAGAACGCACAGUGGGGAGAGAGCCUACAGAUGUACACAGUGUGGAAAAGCUUUCUGUUGGCCCUCGUCCUUACGAAAGCACGUAAGAAUGCACAGUGAGGAGAAGCCCUACGAAUGUCAGCAAUGUGGGAAAGCCUUCUGGUACCCCGCAAACCUGCGAGGACACAUGAGGAUACAUGCUGGGGAGAAACUCUGAAUCCAAGGACCGUGGGAGAGACUUAAUUCUCUCUUCAAACUUGUAAUGUGAGCAGCACACUGUAGAGGAAACUUAUGAAAGGGAAAAUGUGGGAAAACCUUCAGCACUUCACUUGCUUUGUACGUGAAAACUCAGAGCACAACAGAACUCUUUUAACAGAGAUAAAUGUGUUUUUGACUUGGUAAGUGCCUCAUCCUGAAUAGGGAUCCCAGUGUAUUAAUUUCUAGCUCAUGUUGCUGAUCUGAAUACUUAAGAUAAUAACUAUCCCUCUAUGUCUACCUCAUCUGUACUACUUAUAUUUUGUUAUCUCCAGCUUUAAAUAAUCAUACAGUC